UUGGAAGGUGUGAUGUAGUUGGCUGACACAAUCAUAUACAAUUAAAAAAAAACACAUAAAGAAGCAAGAAAGGAAGCAAGAAAGAAAGAAAGAAAGAAAGAAAGAAAGAAAGAAAGAAAGAAAGAAAGAAAGAAAGAAAGAUGCAGACAAAGAAUUUGAUAGCAGUUUUCUUUUUCCUCCUUCUUAGCUUCGAGCAAGGUUAUACCCUGCAGUGUCACUCAUGUGCGUAUGGCACCUGUAAAAUUGCAACGAUUAAAAAGACCUGUGGUAUCACAGAACAAUGUGGGACAAUGACAGUACAUAUUGGUCAACUUCCCUCAACAAGGAAGGACUGUAUUGAAAGCAGCAAUUGUUUCAAAAAUACUUCAGAUACAUAUGCGGGUGUCACGGUGACAGUUAACCCAUCUUGCUGUUCCACUGAUCUCUGCAAUUCUGCUGUGACACAGAGUCUGGCUGUGGUCACUGGUAUUGCAGCCCUGGUGGCCCUCUGGCUAGCUAAGUUUUGUUAA